AUGGGGAUUACCACUCAGCUUGUCCAGGGCAUCGCUUUUGGUGAGAUGUGCAUGUUCACAUUUAUGCUACUCCCGAUUUCUAAAAACCUUAAGAAGAGAAUGAUCAAGCUCUUUCAGACGUCAAAGCUCUAUAGGGGUUUCCUCCACAUAGUCUAUGUCCUGUUUGCAAUGAUACUUAUAAUGUUUGUGGAUUCUGUCUACAAGAUAUACACAGGUGAGGACAGCAUAAAUCCAUUUGUGCUGUACCAGGCAGAGAGAAACAUGUAUUUGACGGGCUUUACCUUAUUUCUUGGUGUUAUAUUCCGCAUGUUUGUCAGAACGAUGUGUUUGCUCUUUAGAGAGGAAGAGUCUGCACAGCUUCUUAGAAAGCAGUCCAUGAAUCAAAAGAAAUAUGUCGAAGAGAUGCUAGAAGACAGUACAAAGAAAGACAAAAGGAUAGAGGAGUUGGAGGCAGAAAUUGUAGAUCUGAGAAAAAAGAUCUUGUCCGGGGACAUAUUGAUAAAGCAACUGAAAAAUAACCAGAGCGAGUACUUCAACUUGCUAGACAAGUACAAUGGGCUGAGAGAGCAAAUGCAGAUGGAGUCCAGAAAGUCUAAAUAA